GAUGUGUAGGACAUUCGUUUGGGAUUAACUCUCAACCUUAUAUUCCAAUUGUAGAACUUAGACCAUCUAACAAAUUGUACUUCCCUCCUUGCACAAUAGAGGAAUCUGUCUAUCAAACAGUUGAAUUCAUUAAUAAGUCAGACACUCCAAUCUAUUUUAAUUUUAGCCCGGAUCCAACAAGAACCUUCAGAGUAUAUCCAAAUCAAGGAUUAAUCUUUGGUAAGUCAUCAUAGAUGAUUAUUGUCGAAUUUGUGCCAGUUGAAAAUAAGGCCUAUAACCAAACUCUGGUUUGUCAUAUGAAUCAUUAAUCUUCCAAUUAAAUAACUUUGUAAGCUAUAGGAUACUGUUCUACUCCUUCAUUGAAAUUGUAAAAUGAUGGAAAAUUUACUCUAGAUAAAAGAUCACUGUUGCAUAAUGAAUCAAGAGUGCCUAUGAGUUACUCAAUCGAUGUCCCUGAGAAAUACUAAAAUGAAUUAUACAUAGAACCUCCAUCUGGCUAAAUUAAACCCAAUGAAGUACUUCAUCUAGACUGCCAAUUUAUUCCUUACAAAAAGAAGAAAGAAUAUAGAAUCAAAGUACCUAUGACUGCUACUGAAAUUCUUGCAGACAACUAAAAUCUUAUUGGGUAUCAUAUUCCAGGAUCAGGAAAUCAAGACUUUCCACUUGAACAAAGAAAACCAAUUGAAUUGUCUUAUCAAUUCGAAAUAUUUGGCUAAGGCACAGAUGGAGAGUUAGAACUUAAUGUUAAACAAAUCGACUUCAAUAUUAUCAAAGUUAACUUCAAUACUAAAAAAUAUGCCACUUUAAUUAAUAAUUCAAAUUGCACAUUUUAUAUUGAAUUAGUUCUUAGACCAAAAAGCAAGGAUAAGGAUAAAAUCGAUCAUUAAAUGGUUAGUCUUAUUAACAGAUCCUUCACUCUGGAUUUACAGAAUGGAAUUAUUGCUGCCAAUUCCAAAUUAGACAUUGGAAUUAUGUUUAAUCCAAUAGAAGUCUGUGAAUUUGAUCUAGUUUUGGAUGUUAUUGCAACAGAGAAGAAUCCAAAAGCACCUCUAAAGAAAAUUGUAUCUUAGAAGUGCAAACUAGAGAUCAAGGCUAAAGGAAGUUAUCCUUUGCUAAAAAUCGCUGAUGUGAGAAAUGAUUCAAUUAGUGUUGCCACACUAUGGGAAAACUUCUAAAUCAAUCAAAUUAAUACAGAAUUAGGAAAGGAUUUAAAUGAGGAUGAAUAGAAAUUUUUGAAAAUUGAAUAAUUGACAUUUGACCAAGCUUAAUAGUUAUAAAAGAGAUUGAGAAGUUAUGAUUGGAAUUUUGGAUACUUACCAUCCAAACCAUAAGUAAAAUCAAGGAAAAUAGUCAUAACAAUUUAGAAUAUUGGAGGUACUGAUUUAGAGUGGCAAUUUAAAUUACCAUCUGAUCAUCAAAUAGAAUUAGAACCUUGGGCUGAUCCUGGAGAACCUACUGAAGAGGAUACAUUUGAAAAAGCCAUUUUAGAAAAGAACAUAUUUUAAAUUAGACCCAAAGGUGGUGUUAUAGCUCCCAAAUGUUUCAAAGAUAUAGAGCUAAUCUACACUCCUUGCAAUUUAGAUGAGCAACUCAAAUCUAAGGGAAUCUCGAAUGAGAGUCAUUUUCUAAGGGUUGUCUUAUAAAUUUUGAAUGGAAAACCAUUAGUUUUUAAAUUUGAAAGGAACAACACUUGCUCCAUUAGAAGAAAAACUCAUUUGAGUUGCCUGAAACUCCAGUUGGAUUAUUGUAACCUGUUAAAAUAUCCAAUAGAAAUAUAAAAUGUCGGAAGUUCGAAAGUGUCUUAUAAAACACUUGUGUAGGAAAUGGAUAUCGAUGGAGAGAUCAUUGAUUCUUAAUUUAAUGUAUUUGAUAUUCAGAAUCCUUAAGGAUCCCUCUUGCCUAAUGAGAAAUAAUAUUUAUAUUGCCUUUUCAAACCUUUAGAAUAGAAAACAUACUAUUUUGAAUUACUGGUUGAGGUUUCAGAUAUGGUCAAAGUUAUUCAACCAGUGAAGCUAGCCAUUCAAGGAAGAGGAUAUGCAAAUCAACCUAAAAAUUAAAUUUAAAAAUCAGCUAUAGAAAUUCCAAGAUAAAGAUCACAUCAAUCUCCUAUAGGCUCAAAAGUGUUCUUUUCUUUGGAAGAAAUAGAUUUUGGAGAAUUACUGCCUUUAAAAUCUGCACAUAGAAUGAUCAUUUUGUACAAUCAAUCAGCAGAUAGAAAAUUUACAUUUGAUUUUGGUGUCUCAUAAUUCACUCUUUCAAAUAAUAGACCAGGACUAUGCUGUGGAGAUGAAUUUUUGAUUGAACCUAUAUAGGGAGAACUCGAACCUUAGUCAUUUAUAGAAUUGAAAUUAACAUUGACUGCAGCCUCAACUCCUUCUGUAUAUGAGGGAGAAUGUGAAUGCACAAUAAGUUGGGAAAAUAAAAAUUAACAAGUGAAUACUUCUUAGAUAAGUUAAAAUUCGCAAGCGAUAACAGUGGAUAAAGAAACCUUGUUUUUAAGAAUAAAAAAGAAAUCAAGUUUAAAUGUAGAAUUAGUGAACUCAUUUAAAUAACCUCCUCCUCCUAUUCAUAAUGCUAUGGCCCACCCUUUCUAAUAACUACUAGGCUAGAUUAUUACAGAGUUCUUGACUGACUCUCAUACUGACUAGAUUCUUAGAGCUUUAGAUCAAUAACCAAUAACCCUGUAUUAACCUGAAUAACAACCUAAGGAAGGAGAGGAUGUUUAAGUUGAAGAUUUGACAAUACCAAGAGACUACAAAGAUUAUAAGACAAUGUUUCUAGAGGAUGAAUUCAUCGAAUUAACUGAUUUAAUAAUGGAAAAUACAUUCUUUAAUAUAAUCUAAGAAACCACGAGAAGAGAGUGUGACUUAUUGCGUAUUUCAAAGACUUUUGUUACACCUGCAAAUAAGUGA